CCAAUAGCUGAUCGCAUCUGAUCGCAAUGGCGCAAACACCGCAACCUCUACCACAACAAGCCCUGUAUGGCUACGACGUGGCACCGGCUAGCGCUCCCCCCGCUCCACAAGCAGAGCCGGCUGCGGAACAUGUCGAUGGCCAACGGCUGCUUGAAGCUUCGCUGAUUGCCGCGUUGCCGAAUGCUUUGGCCAACCAACAGAUGCUCUCCCACAGAAGCUGUGUUGCGAAAGCGUUGUGUACGCAUCUUUCUGCCAUCGCCAUUGUCAACGUGAUUGUGUGGACCAUCUACUUCGCUGUGUCCCGAGAUGCAUAUCCAUGGCCCAAGUGGGUGACUUUUGGCACGCUGCUGUCUGUGGCAGCCCACGCAAUCAAUGUGCUCCCAUGGACGUCACCGCGUCCGAGGAAAUGUCCAAGGUGGUUGCAAGUGGUCAUCAGCAACAUUGUUCUUGCGAAUGUCACUGUAUGGGUGGUGUAUGACUUCACUAGCUGCGAGGAUGGCUUUUGCGGCUAUGCAUGGCCGAUCUGGGUCAGUCUUCCGAGCUGCGUGGCGCUGCUGGUGUUAUCAGUUGUGGCAGCAACCUGUUCAAAGUGAUCUGAGAUGGCAGAGGCAUGUUGGGUGGAACGAGAAUCUGGCUGUUUCAGGGGAGUCUUGGAUAUUUUAGGGGAUCGGUCACUGAUAGGUCUGUAUGUCUUGUAUUGUCUUGUAUUGAUUAGGAAGGGGAAUUCCACCAUCAGUCAGGGCUACCGCGCUACCUUUCUCAGGUCAGCGCGCUUGCGUUCUCAGUGGAGUGUACAGUGUCUCCGCGGAAGAUGUACAGAACAGAUCAUGGCCAGCCCAAGCAAUCCAAGCACCACAUGAACCCAACCUGGCCAGCCUCAAAAGUCGGCGGAGCCAAAA